CGGGCGGGCGCGGGAGCCGUCCGCAUCGCCCCGCGUCACCUCGCGUCACCCCGCCCCGCCUGCUUCCCAGGACCCCGCGCCCCACCCCGCGCGCAGGCGCACGGCCGCCUUUCGGCUCCGCCCUUUUUCGAGAUUUGAAUUUCCCCCAGCAAAGCGAGAGAGGCAAAAUACCCGGAUGGUGAUCGCUGGCCUUUUCGCGCCAAUCCUGUAAGUUCUCACAACAACCUUGAGAGGAAGAAGGCAGAACGAUCCUCCACUGGUGCCAACCAAUCAGCAGAACCCUCGCCUUCCUCUGGGCCACUACCUCCACGCGGGGCAAGGUCGCAGCAUCUGCGUCGGAAAUCACGGGGAAUUCUUCCUGCUGGCUCAGCUGGGAGGCCGAGGAGUGUUUUGCAAAAAAACUGUUUAUCUGAAUUCUGAAAUAACAGUGGAGACGGCUGCUCUCUUAAGCUCUCCGACCCGGCUCACACAUAGGGUUCCAGAUGAAGCCCGAGUCGGGGCAGGCCCUCUUGCACGUGGCCCUGGUCAGCUGCCUCUGCGCGGCCACCGUCCACACCGGCGUUUUCGCAGGUGUCUCUGUCGCAGUGGGCUAUGAGCACUACGCCGAAGCGCCGGUCGCCAGCCUCCCUGCCUUCCUGGCCAUGCCCUUCAACUCGCUCGUUAACGUGGCCUACGUGCUCCUGGGGAUGUACUGGCUGCAGAGCAAGGCCAGCGCCCCGGGAGGCCCCACAGAAGCAUGGAAGGCUUGCUACAUGAAGGACGUCUUUGCGGGCAUGGCCCUGGUCUACGGCCCGGUUCAGUGGCUGCGCAUCACGAUGCAGACGCGCCCCACCGCCGUGUUGGACCAGUGGCUCACCUUGCCCAUCUUUGCAUGGCCGGUGGCCUGGUGCCUCUGCCUGGACAGGGGCUGGAAGCCCUGGCUGUUCCUGGCUGUCGAGGGCCUCUCCCUGUGCAGUUACAGCCUGGCCCUGCUGCACCCCCGUGGGUUUGAGGUGGCACUGGGUGUACACAUCGCAGCAGCUGUGGGGCAGGCCCUGCACACUCAGGGCCGCCACGGCAGCGCUUCCUCGGGGAAGUACUUGGCUCUGGGCGUGCUCUGCUGCCUGGGUUUUGUGCUCCUCAAGCUGUGUGACCACGAGCUCUCGCAGUGGCGUCUCUUCCAGCGGCUCACGGGCCACUUCUGGUCCAAAGUCUGCGAUGUGCUCCAGUUCCACUUUGCCUUCUUGUUCAUGACCAACUUAAACACCUGCCGAAGAUGCCCUCCUGCGGAGAAGAUGCGUUAAAGUGUGGAAGGAAGGUGCUUACCCACCCUAACAUCAAAAUGCGCCCUCCGCUGGCAUCCUGUCAUCAGUGUUCAGAGUCCUGGGUGCAGCAAGAUAGGAUGAUGACAGAAGACUGCCCCUUCCUUCAAACGUAUGGGCUUCAAUACUCUGAGUAUGAAUAUUCAACAUUAUGAAACGUUAUGCUGUCUGCAACUUACUUUCAAAGGGUUAAAGCAAAUAUCUAAGGGCCGGGAUGUGGGGUUCCAUUUUACUAUUCUUGUAAUUUUUCUGUAGUUUGAAAUUUUUCAAAAUAAAAUGUUGGGGGGAAAUGACCCCAAGAAAUC